UCACAAAGCCGCACCCUCCUGAAUAAAGAAAAAAAUUCAACCCGUGUCCAACUUUUCCCUUUGAGCUGAAAUGAAAACCUCCCGGAAAACAGAGAAUUCCCACUAUUUUUCCUCAAAAUUAGGAUUUUAACACCAGAACCUACAUGGUUGGACUGAGCAUGCCUUGAAGUCUCUGAAAAACCACCCACCUCAGUGUUGUAACAGUUUGGCAUCAUGGCGGAGGGGGAGGAGGCGAUGACCCAGGAAGACUGGAAGGAGAGGUGUACGGUUCUGGAGGCUCUGCUUGUGAAGUUCAGGGUCCAGAUCGUUAAGAUUCGGGAGCUCACCGCAGACAAGAUUCAGCAAAUGGAGACGCAGGUGAUUGAUGCAGAGAAGCGAGCGUUUGCUGCAAACCAGCAGGUAAAGUGGAUGGAGACGAAGCUGAAGGCCUCAGACGGCCGGCUUGGAGACUCAGAGAUGCGUUUGUUUCAGCAGUGCCAGCAGCUGCAGGCCUCGGUGCAGGAGAAAGAGGAGGUGAUCGCCCAGCUGGAGCAGCAGCUGGAGGUGCAGAAACAGACUCGUCUCCAAGACGCCAAGACGGUGGAGGAGAAAGCAGCUAAGAUCAAGGAGUGGGUGAUGCUCAGGUUGUCAGAGUUUGAGGUGGACAAUGCAGCGUUAAGAGAAACCAACAAGCAGCAGGAAGUCCAGAUCCUGGAGCUGCAGAAACAAGUGCAGGCCUUUGAACAGAGUUGCAUCGAUGACCGAGGAGUCCUGUGGAAGCCCGGCGAGGCGCAGCGUCUCAGCAGCCUCACAUUUGGUUGCUUUCAGGUGAUGAGUAAAAACCCUCAGGUCCUAACCGGGCCGGCACCAUCUCAGAGGACCCUCAGCACACAGGAAGAGAGGAUUACACUCAGAGACACAUCUGAGAGGAGCAUUAAAAACACACCCUCCUCAGACACAGGUGGUGACGUCCACAGACAGAACCAAAGUGGACUUGUGAUUUCGUCGUGGGAGGAGACCAGUGCACCAAAGAACAGCCCUGAAAAUGUGUGUGGACCGGAGUCCCCUGGAAACUCAUGUCUACUCUCCAGUGCUGCUUUAGAGGAGGAAGGAAUGUGUGAGGGCAAAGGGGGGGUCUCUGGGUUCUGCCGGCCCUGCAGCGAGAACUACCUGACAGCUUCGGAUGACAGCAGCUCUUUGUUUGAUGAUGACAUGCAGCGUGCUGAGCGACCCAUUUUCAGCCUGGUUGAAUUGACAGACGCAGCGCUCCCAGGGGCUUUGGGUGGGGGGAAGGAGGAGAGCAAGACUAAGCUAGAAGACUGCACUUCUGAGGAGCUCAACCAACGAUUUCAGUCUCAGAGGCUUGACUCCUCGUCAUCUUCCAGCGAGCCGACCACACCCAGCCCCAUCCUCACACCAGCCCUGACACCAAAACGACCCAACGCACCUCGGGACCCAAUGGACAACCCAGCUUCCCCCAAACAGCCUCGUCUAAGGACCCCCGCAGGGUGCGGGUUGCUGAACGUAUCUCUGGUGAAGAAACAUCUGAGCCAGCCACUUAUCGGCAGCGAGGCGGCACACGGACAAACACGCAAUGCACUCAGCAUGCUCCGCCCCCUCCGGCCACAGGAAACUGACUUGGACCAGCACCUGGAGGAUGGCAUGGAGACAGGAAGGGAUACGCCUCACCAAAUCCCACCCAGCUCACCAAUGUCUCACACAGUAUCAUCCUUACAAACAUCUUCCGAGUCCAGGUCAGAGACUAGUUCUGAGAGGCCUGAUUGGGACAGCUCAGGGCCAAGCAAACCCCCCACUCCUCCUUUACACAGACUCCCAUCAUGGGAAAGUCGUAUCUAUGCUGUUGCUAAAUCAGGGAUCAGACUGUCUGACACAUCCUGUUCGGGUCAUCCCAGCAGAGACCCCUCUCUACAGGCCUCUUAUCCUGCCUUUGUGAUGUACACAUUGCUCAUCUAUAAAAACAUGACGCCCCCGGUUUACACGACGCUGAAGGGGAAAGCCACUCUGCUGAGCAGCAGUCCAUUCUCAGACGAGUCCUCCAGCUCUGAGGAGUCCUCCAGUUCAGGAGAGGAGGAUGGCUCCAUCUGUAGCUCCCACGCCUCCUCUGGUUCCAGGAAGGACAGCAGCCUGGGAAGCCCUCGUUCCCUCAAAAGAGCCGUGUCCGUGGCUUCCAUGACAUCAGAGAGUGACUAUGCCAUCCCUCCUGAUGCCUAUUCCACGGAUACAGAGUGCUCCGAACCUGAGCAGAAGCUGCCCAAGACCUGCGGUUCAGCCAGCGACAAUGGAAAGAGUGAGCCGAUGGAGAAGUCAGGCUAUCUGCUGAAAAUGGUUAAAACUUGGAAGAAAACCUGGAAGAGAUGCUGGUUUGUCCUCAAAGAUGGAGAGCUGCUCUACUAUAAGUCACCAAGUGACGUGAUCCGAAAACCUCAGGGCCAGAUCGAAGUAAAUGCUAGCAGCAGUAUCACCCGUGGAGACGGCAAACAAGUUCUUCAGAUCAUGACAGGGAAGCUUGUUUAUUAUCUGAAAGCGGACUCUCCUAACCUGCUGGAGGAGUGGCUGCAGGUCCUGCAGAGUGUCCUGAGGGUGAAAGCUGCCAGUCCUCUGUUCACUCAGCCAGACAUUCGCCCCAUCAUGAAGGGACUGCUCUUCAAGGUAAAGCAUGGCUAUUCAAAGCGGGUCUGGUGUGCUCUGAUUGGAAAAACAUUGUACUACUUCCGCAGCCAGGAGGACAAGUUCCCUCUGGGUCAAAUUAAGCUGUGGGAGGCCAGGGUUGAGGAGGUGGACAGGUCAAAAGAGUUGGAAGAUGAGCUGAAAGCAUGUGGGCCGAGCUUAGAGGUGGCUCCCUUUUCAAUCGCCGUCAGCCCUCAGGAGCAAAGUCGUACCUACUUGCUAAUCGAGUCCCGCCAUGAAAAGGAUUCAUGGCUGUACCAUCUGUCUGUGGCAGCAGGUACCCUGGGGGGUACAGUCGGCACAGAGUUUGAACAACUGGUGGGAAAACUCUUCCAACUGGACGGAGAUCCAAAUUCUCAGAUCUGGAGACAUCCCACGUUGUGUUUCAGCAAGGAGGCUCUCUUCUCUCCUCUCACCACUCUGCCCUCACAGGCCCUGCAGACGGAGGCUGUCAAGCUCUUUAAGACCUGCCAGCUUUUCAUCAAUGUUGCCAUUGAUGCUCCAGCCAUCGACUACCACGUCUCUUUGGCUCAGAGUGCUUUGCAGGUGUGCCUGGCCCACCCGGAGCUUCAGAACGAGUUCUUCUGCCAGCUCAUGAAGCAGACUCGCAUGAAACAGCUGCAAAGCCAUGCUGGACCUCUGCAGGGUUGGCAGUUUCUGGCUCUCUGUGUUGGAUUGUUUCUGCCUCAGCAUCCUUUCCUCUGGCUGCUUCAGGUUCACCUGAAGAGACAUGGAGACUCCAGGACCGAGGUGGGAAAGUAUGCCAUCUACUGCCAGCGCUCUUUAGAGCGGACCCAGCAGAAGGGCGAGAGGCGGGCCCGGCCGUCGCGUAUGGAAAUUCUGUCGAUCCUGCUGAGGAAUCCGUAUCACCACUCUCUGCCCUUCAGCGUCCCCGUGCACUUUCUCAACAACACGUAUCAGGUGGUGAGCUUUGAUGCUUCAACAACCGUGGACGAGUUCCAGAGUCGCCUCAACCAAGACAUGAGCAUGAGGAAAACUGGACUUUCUGGCUUCAGCCUGUACACUGACGAUCCCACCGGGCGAGAACUGGAAUACUGUUUGUCAGGAAGCUUAAAGAUUUGUGACAUUCUCUCCAAAUGGGAGCAGGCCUCUAAAGAGCAGCACUCCGGGAAGUCUGAAAACACCAGAACCAUCCGCCUGACCUACAAGAACAGGCUGUACUUCUCUCACCAGAUGAGAGGGGAGUCAGAGAGGGAGAGGUUGCUGCUAGCGUAUCAGACCAACGAAGCCAUCGUAGCCGGACACUUUCCCGUUAACAAGGAACUGGCUCUGGAAAUGGCCGCCCUGCUCGCCCAGGUGGAGUUUGGAGAUUUUGAACGUUCCAUCAUUGCCUCUGGAUCAGCCCAAAGCAAGUCCAAUCAGACAUUAAAACAAGUGUUGGACAGAUUCUACCCUAAACACUACCGCAGGACCUCGUCUGAGGAGCAACAAAGACAACUCGUGCAGCGUCUUUCUGCCCGCUGGACCUCCCUCAAGGGGCGAAGUUCACCUGAGUGUGUCAGGAUCUACCUGACUGUUGCUAGGAAAUGGCAAUUUUUUGCUGCUAAACUGUUCCAGGCAGAGACUACAACUCCCUCUCCUGAGUUGGGUCUGAGUGUUUGGCUGGCGGUGCAUGAAGAUGGGAUCAGUGUUCUGGAGCACAAAUCGAUUAAACUACUGGUGACCCACCCCUACAAGAACCUGAUGACCUUCGGAGGCUGCAAGGAGGACUUCAUGCUGGUGGUGGGCCACAGCAUCGCUACGAACAGCAGCAAGGACAAACCUGCAGAGAAGCAUCUGUUUGCGAUGGACACAUUCAGAAUCAGGGAAAUCACCCUCCUCAUCUCCAGUUACAUCAACAGCGCUCAUCAGCAGAAGGCUGCCGCCCACCACCUGUCUGCCCCGGCUCUGAUGGCGGCCCAACCCGUCAGCCUGAAGAGCAAAGAGCUAAGGAGUAAAUCCCCACCAGCGCUGGGACGCCCAAGCAAGGCCCCCACACUGCUCUGAGGGACGCCAAUAAACAGCCCUAUAUUGUAUUCGCUCAGAAAACAAGCUUUAUUUGCAUCUCUAAAUCCAUUUGUCUCAGUUAUUCCUGCAAAUAAAUGGUUGCUUCAGUUGCUGCUGAUAAUGACAAGCGAUAAAAUGAUCUGCGUCAUAUAUUUCAAUAUAACAGAGCAGCUGAGUGGAGACUCGACCUCUGCGCUGUGUUCAUGAAUUAAAAGUGGUUUAGAGGUUUUGUCUUCUACUUUAAGUAUAUGCUUGCUUGUGAGAGAGGAAGGUGAUGCUAUUUAUUAACAUUGUUCCUAAACCUCCAAUCAGUUUCUGCUGUGUGGUUUAUUUCUGUCAGUAAAAUUUUAUUUAAAGUCUGUUUUUCCUUUUUUUUUUUUUACAUUUUGAAUACAAGUAGGAAAAGUGUAACAAUUGUAAGCUACUGAAGUUCAGUCUAUGUAUUAAAAAUCUUCCUCAUUAAUAAAAUGAAUCAGUCUCA